AGGUAAUUAAUCUCUACGCUUCUCUCUCUGCAAUUACUCCUUGAGAGCAUCUCUCUCUAGAAGACCGAGUAUUGCUGACUUGAGCGUCGGAGUGUUUUUCCCGAGGAAACAACCUCGGGAUUUUCAGGUGUAGAAGCAGCUAAGGAUUUCGACAGUGUUGGAUUGCGAAGCUGCCCAAACAACAAUCAGCAACUUUAAAUGGAUAAUUUAAGCCUUAAAAGGCUGUCACAUACCAGAAUUUACAAGCAAGGAACCGGAGCUAGCAGAUUGGGGAAGGCCGGCGGGAUCUGCAGGGGGAAGCUCACGGAACUACCCAAAAUUGGAGGAACAAGAGCAAUUAAGCCGGCGGAAGGACAGAGCAAAGUAGGGCAGAUCCGGAUUUUCCAGCAGGGGGGGAAAGAUUUAUGGGUUCUAGGUGUGUUCUAGAGCAAGAAAGGAAGGAGAAAACCAAGCUUAUCUCACCAGUUUCUCAAAGGCAUGACUGGGUUCCCCUUUCUUUUUCUUUCGAGUGGCUACAGCGGGAAGAAAGGAAGGAAGAGCAGAAUCGGGCAAGGCUGGGAAGAAAAGAAAGAAAGAAAAAGAAAAAGAAAAGAAGUCAUCCUUA